GUUAGUGGGCUGCUGCUGGUUGUUAGAGUGAAAAUUGUUUGACAGGGAGGUGAGGCGACCUGUGCACAGGGACUGACAGGAGAAGUUAGUUUUCGCCGUGUCGGUGGGCAGUUUUCGGGUCAGCGGGGGAGCAGACCUGAGAGCGACAAAUGAUUUGUGUGAGUCUAAGCAACAGGGCACAGAGCGAAAUGUCAGGGACUGUUAGAGCCUUGAGCAACGGGAAGCGCGACUAGUACACCGCAACGCGGAAAAUAUUCAGGGGAGAGAGAAUGCGAAUGGUGCGAAGAGACCGAAAUCAAACAAAAUGGAAACGAUGUAGCGUCGCUGCGGCAUUUCAUAUAGCUAGAACUAACGUUAGAGUAGAGAAUAGAUAGCUAAGGAGCUAGCUCGUUAACUAACAUACAUGUAAAGUUAUUCCCCGGAGAAGCUGAAGCAGAGCCCGGAGGCGUCUGUUGAAUCAGAAGAGUUCAUCAGUGUUGAAAAAACCCAAGAAGACAGAUAAGAAGAUGCUGCGGAGAAGGCUGAACCGCUUGCUUGGUGGUGAUGAGAGAAGAGUUGACAGUAGGACUAUCUAUGUUGGUCAUCGGGCAUGUCCUGCCAAUGAGGCUUUCAUCCCACCCAAGUUCUGUGAUAACAGGAUUGUUUCCUCCAAGUAUACAGUUUGGAACUUUCUACCAAAGAAUCUGUUUGAACAGUUUAGAAGAAUUGCCAAUUUCUACUUCCUUAUCAUCUUCCUGGUGCAGGUGAUAGUGGACACCCCUACCAGCCCAGUCACCAGUGGCCUACCCUUAUUUUUUGUGAUUACAGUAACUGCUAUUAAGCAGGGCUAUGAGGACUGGCUACGGCACAAGGCAGACAAUGAGGUGAAUAAGUACCCAGUGACAGUUUUGGAGGACGGCCGGAGGAUACGGAAAGAGAGCGAGAAGAUCAAGGUGGGAGAUGUUGUGGAGGUGGAGGAAGAUGAGACCUUUCCCUGUGAUUUAAUACUGCUGCAAUCUAGCCGAGAUGAUGACACGUGUUUUGUUACCACAGCAAGUCUGGAUGGAGAGUCCAACCAUAAAACACACUACACAGUGCCAGACACCGAGAAGGAUCUGGAAUCUCUCAAUGCCACCAUUGAGUGUGAACAGCCACAGCCUGACCUUUACAAGUUUGUCGGUCGCAUGCACAUCUACAAAAACAAUCAGGAACCUGCAGUGAGGUCUUUGGGCCCAGAAAACCUCCUGCUGAAAGGGGCAACUUUAAAGAAUACUCAGAAGAUCUGUGGUGUUGCAGUUUACACUGGCAUGGAGACAAAGAUGGCUCUUAACUACCAGGGCAAAUCUCAAAAACGCUCUGCUGUGGAGAAGUCUAUCAAUGCAUUCCUUCUCGUAUACCUUUGCAUAUUGGUGAGCAAAGCUCUAGUGUGCACUACACUGAAGUAUGUGUGGCAGAGCAAGCCCGGACAGGAUGAGCCUUGGUAUAAUGAGAAAACCCAGAGAGAGAAGGACACCAAUCUGUACCUAAAGAUGUUCACUGACUUCCUGUCCUUCAUGGUGCUCUUCAACUUCAUCAUUCCGGUGUCCAUGUAUGUCACGGUUGAGAUGCAGAAGUUUUUGGGAUCCUUUUUCAUCACAUGGGACAAAGAUUUCUUUGAUCCUGAAAUCAAGGAGGGGGCACUGGUCAACACUUCGGACCUUAAUGAGGAGCUGGGACAGGUGGAGUAUGUCUUCACGGACAAGACGGGCACCCUCACUCAGAAUAACAUGGAGUUCAUCGAGUGCUGCAUUGACGGCUUCCAGUACAAAUACAGGGACGCGAGCUCCGAGUUGGACGGAUUCUGUGUCACAGAUGGACCUGUGAGCAAACUACAGCAGAAAGCUGGCAGGGAGAGGGAAGAGCUGUUUCUGCGUGCCCUGUGCCUCUGCCACACAGUCCAGGUGAAGGAGUCUACAGAGCAGAGUGAAUGUCAAGUGGAUGGCCGGAUAGACGAGGUGGAUGGCUUAGGGGUAGAUGAAGAAGUGCUUCAACCACCGCAGGAGCAGAGGGGCUUUAUUGCCUCUUCACCUGAUGAGGUUGCUCUGGUCAAGGGUGCCAUGAGGUAUGGCUUCACGUUUCUGGGUCUUGAAAGUAAAUCCAUGAAAAUUCUCAACAGGAACAAUGACGUGGAAAUGUACGAACUGCUUCAUGUGUUGAACUUUGACCCAGUGCGAAGACGAAUGAGUGUAAUCGUCAGAGCCAAAUCAGGUGAUACGCUGCUUUUCUGUAAGGGAGCAGACUCUUCCAUCUUCCCCCGAGUCAGACAAGAGGAGGUUGAAAGGAUACGCAUGCACGUGGAGCGUAAUGCAACAGAGGGCUACCGAACACUGUGUGUGGCCUACAAAUAUCUUAACGCAGAGGAGUAUGCCCAGGCAGAUGCAGGAUUGAGGGAAGCUAGACUGGCUCUGCAGGACAGAGAGGAGAAGCUAAUGGCUGUUUAUAAUCAAGUGGAGACUGGAAUGAGCCUAAUUGGAGCUACUGCUGUUGAAGAUAGGCUUCAAGAGGAGGCAGCAGAGACCAUGGAAGCUCUGCAGGGAGCAGGCAUGAAGGUUUGGGUCCUAACGGGGGACAAGAUGGAAACAGCAAAGUCCACUUGCUAUGCUUGUAGACUGUUCCAGAGGAACACAGAGCUGUUGGAGCUUACAGUGCGUACUCUAGAGGAUGGAGGGAGGAGGCGUGAGGAGCGGCUGCAUGAACUCUUGCUUGAGUAUCACAAGAAAGCUGUGCAGGACGCUCCACCAGUAAAGGCUGGUGUCACCAGGAGUUGGUCUCUGACCAACCAGGAUUAUGGGUUUAUUAUUGAUGGAGCCACUUUGUCGAUGGUACUUAAUUCAUCCUCUGAGUCCAACUCAAGUCGCUACAAGAACCUUUUCCUGCAGAUUUGUCAAAACUGCACAGCAGUGCUCUGCUGCCGCAUGGCUCCACUACAGAAGGCACAGAUUGUGAAAAUGGUUAAGAACUCUAAAGGCAGCCCCAUCACCCUUUCCAUUGGAGAUGGAGCCAAUGAUGUCAGCAUGAUUUUGGAAGCUCAUGUUGGCAUUGGCAUUAAGGGUAAAGAGGGCCGGCAGGCGGUCAGGAACAGUGACUAUGCCAUCCCCAAACUUAAGCACCUCAAGAAACUUUUGUUGGCUCACGGGCAUCUCUACUAUGUUCGCAUUGCACACCUCGUCCAAUAUUUCUUUUACAAGAAUCUUUGCUUCAUCUUACCGCAGUUUUUGUACCAGUUCUUCUGCGGCUACUCUCAGCAACCCCUGUAUGAUGCGGCCUAUCUGACGAUGUACAACAUCUGCUUCACCUCCAUGCCCAUCCUGGCUUACAGCCUUUUGGAGCAGCACAUCUGCAUUGAGGUUCUGCUGGAUAAUGCCACCCUCUACAGAGAGAUCGCUAAGAACGGUAUGCUACGGUGGGGACCAUUCCUCUACUGGACGUUACUCGGAGUCUUCCACGGCUUGCUCUUCUUCUUUGGUGUUCGAUAUUUGUUCAGUAACCCAGCCCUGCAGGAUAAUGGCCAGGUUUUUGGGAACUGGUCAUACGGAACGAUUGUAUUCACUGUUCUCGUCUUCACUGUAACGCUAAAGCUUGCUUUGGACACACGGCAUUGGACAUGGAUCAACCACUUUGUCAUCUGGGGUUCGCUGGCCUUCUACGUGUUUUUCAGCUUCUUCUGGGGAGGAAUAAUAUGGCCUUUCCUGAGGCAGCAGCGUUUGUACUUUGUGUUUGCCAACAUGCUGAGCUCGGUGUCAGCCUGGCUGGUCAUCAUCCUGCUCAUCCUGCUCAGCCUACUGCCAGAGAUCCUGCUUGUGGUGUUCCGCAAGCCACGCGGCCCCCACGCUCGACAGAAGAACCUGGCUCAGUCGAGCGCUGGGGGCCUCCAGUCUCCCCGGUCUUCAGCCAGGCCCCUGCUCAUGAGAACCUUUUCAGAUGAGUCCAAUACUGUCAUUUAAACAGAUCGCAGCUGUCACACCACUAUCCUACAAGCACCUGAAGGAGCGCCAGUAAAAAGGCCGCAAGGACUCACAACAACAGUGACAUCAGCCUCAUUCAGGUCCCGUUCCGGUCAGAGCUGUCUGCCAUCUGAAAGCAAAAGGAGAAGUGAAGGAGAAAAAAAAUCAAAGAAAACAAAGAAUGAAGAGAGACUGAAGGGAGGGGAGGGAAUGAAAAGUGGUUUAGCAGUCUUUUGACUUGCGUGUCUCUUCUCCGUCCUUCUCUGCCCAUUCCCAAACCUCCCACCCCCACACGCAUGCCUGCAGAGCAGUGCCCUGCAUUAUUUUAUAAAAUAUCUACUCAGAUGACAGGCAUGACUUUUCUUUCUUUCACUUUUUUUAAUACUAGCUUACAAAUGAAUGCAUACAUGGCUGCCUUGUCAGUAGCUCUAUUCAACUGCUGUGUUUCAACGAGCAGUUGUAAUAUCCACUCCAAGAAUGGUACAUCUGCAUGAAAGAAGGCUCAAAAAGAACACUUCACUCCACUGAUGAUCAGUCACUGUAUUCUGCAAACUUUUUUUAAUAUAUCCGCAGCGGUUAUACUUUAAGAAGUUAUUCUACUUUACAGUUACUACGAUUUUUCAACGGUUAUCCUUUAAAUAGUUAUUGUAUGUUUUAGAAAAAUACCCUCAUCAACAGAUCCGAGUUACUGAAUGUCCAGCUCAGAGCAGCAAACAGACUGUUCAUUCGAUUAUUUGUUUCUAUGGAUGAAUCUGCAGUUUCUGUUGAAUGCUAUGUUAUAGGAGGGGUUAAUGGAGGCCAUAUUACCACUCAGUCCAAAAAGUGUGUGUGUGUACGGUUGAGAAAUAGAUUAGAGAUGUGAAGCGUAUUUUGGCAAUGAAACAUUGCUUGGAGCAUGACCUAAAUUCUCCAACCUCAGAGAUAAUUUAAGAGUGUCCAAUUAAAAUGAGAAAAUUAAUAUAUAUAUGUGCUGUACUGUAUAUAGCUCAUAGAUGUAUGUUAGCAUCUGCUCAAAGCCAAAAAAAAAAGAUGAACGAUCAGAUUCUGUCCACACUCGUGUGACCUGAAAGCGACAAAUCGGUGUGCGCAUGUGUUUGUCUGUGUGCGUAAGUGCGUGCAGAUGUACUGGAUGAGAAUAGCCACAAAUGCCUGCGUGUGUGAUGAAAACCAGGAUUACUUGAACCUUGUUGAUGUAGUUCGGUUAGACAUCUCCUGCACUAUUAAGGAAACUGGUUCCGUCAUUGCAUAGAUGGUCAGUAAGGCACAUGAAUACAUGCCUGAGCACACACACACAUAUCAGAUGGACGACACCACACAAUAACCACACAUGUUGUACACUUAUAUGCACACAUGCACUAAAGCCUAAAUGAGGUAUUUAUAUUCAUCACCCAUUAUCUAGCUUGCGUGUUUCGUCUCAGUCAAGCAGAAGUUGGAAUGUGAAGAAACCAACUCCAGAUCUGCAGAGUCAGCGUAGUUAAAGCCACUGUGACACUCGUCUUUGCUGCGUUUGUCAGAUCUGCUGACAAACAGGGUGAUAGAGCGAACUGUUUGGCCUGUUCUUCCUUCCUUCCUUCCUUCUUUGUGUGUAGUGCUUCAUACAUUCCAUUUAAACAUUUCAUGAUUACAAACACUUUUUAGAUACUGUUUUGGAAUAUUUUGUUUCCUUUUUCUUUUCUUUUUUUCCACGAACAUAUAUUGUCUACUCAGCAUAUUUAUUGUUAAGUGUAAUUUUACUCACAAAUGUUAUAUUUUUAUUACAUAAAUCUUUUUUAUUGUGGAGAGUGUUCAGCUUUGUGCCAGUUGAGUUAGCCUGUUUUACUCCAGCCCUGAUGUGAGCCCACGCCAAUCCCAUUUGAUGUUCUUUGUCAUAUGUACAAAGACAGGCAGUGUAAUACAGUGCAUCUGUAGAAUGGCAUAUGUAGUCAUAAUGCCAAUUGGAGGUUUUUAAAAUGCUAUUCUCACAAAAAUAUACAUGCCUUUCUGCAUUAUUUCCUACUAAGACCAUCUAGGAAAGGGGAGGAAGUUGUUUUUUGUAUUUACUCUGUGACAUGUCGCCUCCAGACUGCACUGUGCCGGAGAUACGGGGGGGACGCACUGAGAGGGACUGCCUGCUUUGUUAACAAAUGAAAAACCUUUAAAGUGACAUCAGAAAUGCUAUUUUCAGAGCUUAGAAUAUGUUUGAAUCUAAUGUUUUGCCUGUCUAAAUGAAGAGUUAAAAAAAGAAUGGAUUGUAUUUUUAAUGCAACCUUUUUCCAGCCACUUUUUUUUAAGAAAAUCAAAUCAAAAUUUAAAAAAAAAAAAAAAAAAAAAAGCACGAGAGGCUCUGUGGUUGUGGACUGUGGCCCUGGCUGUGAUUGGGCGGAGGUGGACACCUUCAGUCGUACAGCAGGGACACUCCACCUACAGCCCUUUGGGUCUCCAGCUUCAACACUCCAAACCUCUAAGCUGAAUGUACCUCUUUGAAACUAGUAUAUUCAAAACCUGAAGAUUUUCUGUAAUAAAACAGAAUGUUUUGAAGAUAAA